AUGACUUUCCACUCUGGCCGCACUGAAGCUGGAAGAGAACAGGACGGGGGUCCCCUGGGACCCCUUGCCACAGCCCCCGUGACCACCCUCUCCAACCAAGUGCCCCCCUCAGAUGAAAGAGCCCUCCUCCAUGUAGAAGACAGGACCCCUCUGGGCUCCACAUCGGCUGCCUCAGAGACUGCUCCAAGCCAACAGGACGCAGCAAAGAAGAGUCAGAAGAAAAGGGUGUGCAUGGAAGGGAAGGCAGCUCCACAGAAUAGGAGCCCUCUGGCCUCCAGUUCUGCGUCUUCAGAGGUUGUCCCUGAGCAGAGAGCCAGGACAAUGAGAGGCCAGAAGAAGAGGAGAUGGACGGAUGUGAAGGCAGGGACCCAGGAGAGAAGUGCCCCGGCCUCCAAUUCCACCACCUCUGAAGCUCUCUCUGAGCUGAAGUCCUGGAAGAAGAGGGGGCAGAAGAACAUAUGGACUGUCAAUCAUGUUGAGGGGACAAAACUCAGGAUGAACAAGAGGAGAAGACCCAGUUAUCGUCCUGAAGACCAAGAAGCAUUCUACCGACUUCUGGAGGAUCCUGUUAUCCAGAGCUUCUUGGAAGCUGACAUUUUCCUCAAAGUGUCUGAUAAGUACCUGCUUUCCAUGGUGGUGGAAUAUUUUGGCCGGGUCGGGCUGCCUGGACACCUCUACAACAGGAUCCACUUCUUCCUGGCCCUCUACAUUGCCUCUGACAUGGAGGAGGACAACCCCACAUCUAAACGGAGCAUCUUCCAGUUCCUGCUGGGCAGGGAGCACUGGCCAGAACUCUACAAGGAGUUCCUGAAGCUGAAGGUGGAGUUCUUCCAUGCAAUGGGGCACCGAGCCUGGGUCACCCCGGAGUUGUGUGAGGAGAUCCAGGCCCAGAACCCACAUCACUGGGUCUGGAGUCGGGCACGCCAGUGCGCCCCCUAGGUCCCCAGGGAACAGAACGGGGGCUGCAGGU